UAGGACUCGUAAAUUAGAGUCGGGUGACAAAAUAAAUAGCCUGCUGCUCAAAUCGAAUGAGCUGGAGAGUUUAGAAACGCUUGGCGUUGUGGUUUUUACCCGGAUGAAACGUGGCUGGGGUUUCAGCCAAACUACAGGUUGCCUUCACGUCUAACACUGUCUCCACCAUGACUGCUGCUGUGAGAGGUUCGGCCGUCGUGCCUGUCCGAGGUCCUGGUGAUGGCAUGGAAACUGAAAAACCACCUUCUACUCUGGAGGUGAUCACCGACGCACUGUCACCAGGUCCAUCCGAGGGUCCACUUUUAAAGAUCGCGAGCCCGAAGCACAGCCCCAAAUCUGCUCCCCCGGCGCCCGUCGCCGCCCCCCAGCCUCCCGGGGUGCUCCACUUGGGAAAGGUCAGUCGGGAGGUGUGUACAGAAGUGGAGGCUGUGAGGAUCAUCAUCCCUCGGGCUGCCAUCAGCCGGAGCAGCCGUGCCGGGCCCGCCGAGGGGAAAGGGGAGGCCGGUCAACAGCAGGCCGAGGAGUCCAGCUCCCCUCCGCUCCCCCAGGUGGAGGACUGGAGGGUUCAGAUGGAGAAGCUGCAGAACUCUGAACGCAGACUGCUGCAGGACAAAGAGGGUCUUUCUAAUCAGCUCCGUGUGCAAACAGAGAUAAACCGUGAGUUGAAGAAGCUGCUGGUGGCUUCGGUCGGCGAUGAUCUUGAGUACCAGUUUGAGCGUCUCGCACGCGAGAAGAACCAGCUGAUUUUGGAAAACGAGGCUCUGGGCCGCAGUUUGGCUCACACCGCGGAACAGCUGGAGCGAAUGAGCAUCCAGUGCGAUGUCUGGAGGAGCAAGUUCCUGGCCAGCAGGGUCAUGGCCGAGGAGCUGACGAACGCCAGAGCAGCUCUGCAGAGACAAACCAGAGAGGCACAGGGAGCAAUUCAGGACCUGCUCUUAGAGAGAGAGGAGUUCUCCAGACACAUGAUGCUCACCCACAGGUCUCUGGAGCAGCUCCUGGUGUCUCUGCAGUGGGGCAGGCAGCAGACGUAUUACCCCAGCGCGCAGCCCCUGAGCACAGGAGAGCUGGCGGCCGCCAACCAGAAGCUUGCGGAUGCCAUCAACUCCCACCUGCUGGGCAACACACGCAGCAGCAGUGUGGCGAAAAGUAGCAGCAACAGCACGACAGCUCAGCAGCUCUGCAGCACGCCGGCCGAGAAGAUGGCAGAAAAGGUGCUGAAGAUUCUGGAUCCGAUCUCGUGCUCGGAAAACAAGACAGAGGCUCCCCUCGGUGACUCCGCCCCCUCAAAUUUCAUCAACAGCAAGAAGAGCAUCGGGAGAUUUCACCCUUACACCCGCUAUGAGAACAUCACUUUCAACUGCUGCGAGCGCUGCACAGGAGACAUCCUGGUGCUGUAGGAGUCGCAGAGCGAGGAAAACCCACUGCCUUGAUGUAAACGCAGCCUCGCAGCUCGUCCACAUGUCUGUGAGCUGGUCUGUUGAUGCUCAGCGUGUGGCGUUCUCUCCAGUUAAUGUUGGAGGUUGACUGCUCACACCUCAGUUGCCGGCACUUUCAAUGCACACAAUUACUGAUUGUCAGAAAUUUUAAUUUGUUUAUUCAAGAUGUUUUUUUCUCCACAACUUGAAAAAUCUCAAUGGAAAAAGUGCAGUAUUUUUAAAUACAGAUCACAGUAUAUUGAGGAUAAAUUAUGGAUUUUAGAGGCUUUUUUCCUGUUUGGUUAAAAGCAUGGUAUAUCAUGUUUGUCACUGUCAGUUUGAGUCAGUAUUAAUAGAAAAGGAGUCUGCUUAUUCAACUGAAACAAUAGCCAGUGUUAUUAGUUUUACUUAAUCUAAUAAUUCACCGAGCAAAAGCAGCAGACAUGUAGAGCGAAGUGUCAACCUGAGGCAGCAGUAACCCCCCAGGAAAACAACCACGGCUGCACAAAAAAAUGCCUGUGGACAUGCAGGAGUCGAGUUCGUCUUCAUGAUGGUGCUAUUAUUUAUACUUCACUGUAUUAAGUGUUACAAGUGUUUUGUAUAUUGCAGACUGUAAAGGCUUUAUUGUAAUAUCCAGGGAGUAUUUUGGAAAGACGAUGAUGGUAAAUAACAGAAAUAUGUACAGUUGUAUUUAACAAAAGCUCUGAUUACUGCUGAUUUCAGUUAUGGGAGAAAUAUUUAUUCCUAAAAACAGACGGAACUGUAUUGUUUUUCGCAACACUCCCGAGUUAUGACCAGUAAUAUAUUUCAUAUUGUCUCUCUAUAAUUUAAAUUUAAAAACUGGGCUCUAAAGUGCUUUGAUUUGAAUCAUCUGUAUGAAACAUUUUGCAGUGACGGUGAUGGUUCAGUUUACUUGGAAAACACACCAAGUUCUUUUCACAUGAUUUGAUUUUUGUGGUGGAGAAAUAAUAAA